UGCAUACAAAAAGCAAUUGCAUAGUUGGGAAACUUAUUUGGAGCAGCUUCAUCAACACUUUUCAGCACACUCUGUGGACAAAGGUAAAUAUAAAUCAUUUUUUCUGACCUGGAUAGGCACAGAAACUUAUGACAUUUUGCGCAGUAACCUUGGUUCAAAGGGAAUAGAAACUAAAACAUAUGAUGAGUUAACAAAAGGUUUAACAGAUUAUUUUCUGGCAAAAACGCAUGUUGUGGCUGCCAGACAUGAAUUUCAUAAAGCCACAAUGCGUUCCGAUCAAACUUACAGAGAGUGGAUCACAGAUUUACGCAGAGUUGCGAGGGAGUGUAAAUUUGUUUGCAGCGCAUCUACAAAAAACAAAUCCCACACUCUCUGAAGUUAUGUUAAUUGCUGA